UUGUAUUUUAGUCCGUCUGCUUCACAGAAGCAGCUUCAGAAAGAAAAGCUUGAAAAAGAUUAUGCCGCCGCCGCCGAAGAAGUCGAAAACCUAGUCACAGCUGUCAGGGAGCGGAUUAAAGUAGUAAAGAAUAACCUGGCUUCGUGCAAGCUGCUGCUGCAGUGCAAAAGAGACGAGCUUAAAAGACUCUGGCUAGAUGCGGCCGAACAGAAGUAUGUCACCCGUCUACUUGAAGAGAUGCUUGUUCUAUUUUCAGAAACAGCUCUCAGUGGUAAUCUGAAGGAUAUUGAAGGUCUGAAUGAAAUAAGACAAACCGUGGCUCGGCUGAAUAAGGAACUGUACGAGCAAAUUGUGCAAGAAAUAAAGGCUAUUCUGUACUCGAAAACAUCUGAGGAAGUACUCUUUGCGGUUCGAUUGACGAAUCUCGAUUCGCCAGGUCACGAUAAAUCUGUAACUGACUCGAAUUCUGCUAUGUGCGUUUCGUCUUACAUUACGUCAUCAGUUGGGCAUGACAUUUUGAUGUCGCUUCACGAAACGCCAGUUAUUCAGGAUGACGGUUACGCGUACGAGGACCUGAAGCUGAAUCCCGAAACGAAGAUCGUUCAGUAUAUUGCUGUUCUUGUUGAAUCUUGCGGCCAUUUGGGAAGGUUCUCUGAUCUUGUGAAAAAUCUCAAAGAAGGCAUCGUUUCAGAUCUGUGGCGAUUGGUUAAUCGCACAUCUGGCUACGUACAAAAGUACAUAUGUGGUUCGAUCAGCAACGCGAACGACAGUCAGGUCUUAGCCGAGCUGCUUCAUCUGCUUUUCGUACAGUUCAAGAUUCUAACCGCUGUUUACGGUGCUUUUUUGCAACAGCUGAAUCGAGUUCGCGAAAAGCGCAAGAUGGAAGAGCUGGACACGGUCAGCAUGGAAUUCUUCAUUGAGCACGUGCAGUUCAUUGUCGAGCAGCUACUUGACUACUACCUCGAUCUGAGCAGCAGUUCGAAGCAAAAAGACACGACUCCAACGUAUUUCGGUAACGUCUCUAGCUAUUUCCAGAAGCGACCACCCACGACUGCCAAGAAGCCGUUAUUUCGGUUCAUGUCCACUGCGCAUGCUAUCAAUAUCACCGCCUUUAACAUGGAACAGAAGUUUGCGCAAACGGAUAUUGGUGCCAACGACGACAACAAAACGUACAUCUGUCGCCCUGGUUCCGAAAACAUCAAAGUCAUCUUUUCACCAAUCAUGAAGUUCAUCGCUGAGCUUGAGACACAAGUGAAAAGCCCUUGUCGUUUACGUACCUUUCUCGACAAUUAUAUUCGCGACGUUUACUUGCCCCGUUUAAAAAUGGACAUCACGCAGAAGCUGGAUACCUUGUUGUCUACGCCCGAUGCGUGGACCAAAUGCACCACAUUCGACGAGCAGAUCCAGUUGGGGGUGUCUCUGCCGCUGUUAUCGUCGUCCGUGCAGGUGAUUGAUACCUAUAGAUACUUGGACAUGCUGAUGUGUGCGGCGCCGUUGUUUGCGAGAGAGUUUUUUCUGCUGUGCUGCCAACUCUUGGCAAAGUACGAAUCGUCGGCGAAGGCCGCCUACUCAUCCCUCAUUCGCUACUCACACAACAACCAACCAGAGAGGCGCAAGAUCAGUGCUGCAUGGGCGGUGGACAGCGACAUCAGUCGCCUGCUGAAGUCGUUACCGAAUUGGAUUGCGACCACUGCCGACCUACAUCCAACUGGAUCGUCUAGCUUUAGCCCGCAGAACAUCGCCAAUACGCCCAUUAUGGAAAGCGCCAGCGACAUCCGCUCACGGAAUAUCCGCGAAUCAGAAAUCCUGAUCAGCAAUCUUGGAACCCAGAAACGGAUCGAAGAGAGCGAAAUCAUCCUUGAUGACCCAAGACGCUACUUGCUGCUGGCAGGUUUUCAGGAGUCGGUCGAAUAUUUUUCGAAUAAUAUCCGCUUGAUGUGGUCGGCGAUGUCGCAGUCCGUUAAAUCCUUGGUUCGGGGUGAUGCUUCUGAUUUCCAGAAUUUGUCUUACCAGGAUUCUGUGAACUUGGUAAACGAAUUCGAUAAGUACAUGGCCGAUAUCGACGCUCUCUCUGCCACUUGUCUGCUCAUGCUGCACUUGGAGGUGCGAGUGCACUGCUUUUAUCAUUUGUUACCGUUGUCCAAAAAGCCAUUUACGGGAUCUGCCCAGGAGAUAGACGAGGAGAUCGCUAGGCUUAACAAAGAUCUGGUUCAACUGCAUGAUAUUUUAAUGAACAGUUUGCAGUCAUGCAAGGUCAGGUACAUUUUCGAAGGCUUGGGGCAUUUAGUGGCAUCCAUAUUUAUUAAUAUGUGCCCACAGAUUUCGAAGAUUAGUGACGCGGGAAAGAAGCGAAUCUGUAGGGAUGUUUUUUCAGUUAAUCAGUGUUUGUCCAAUCUCACCGGCACUCGCGAAGCCGACCUUGAUAUGGCGGGAAAGUACUUCGAGUUACUCUACAAAUCUCCCGACGAUAUCUUGAAUUACAUAGUCGAAAACGGCGCUGACUUCGACGAGGUUGAAUAUACGAACCUGUUAGCCCUGGCGGUGCGGUCCAAUUCAUAUUUAUGCAGUGAACCUGGAGCAUUGGAUCAAAGAAUCAGCCGCCUUCAUGACAUUUUGAAUGAACGCAGAAGCCUUUGAAC